AUGUUCGAAAACAUGUCCGUAAACGAUCUUAAAACCUAUCUUCGCGAACGUGGCGUAAGUGUGAAUGGCUACUUAAAACCAGCUUUGAUCGAAAUUGCCAAUGCGGUUGCAAAAAUGAUGCUUCCCAUUGUUAUUGAAUUUGAAAAGGGAAAUAACAAUCAAGACAUACAUAGUUUUAUUAUUCAUGAUAUGGAAAUCAGUGAUCCAUUUUCUGCGUCGCAUAAUCUCGUGAAUAACUUUGUCGAUUCACCCCCGUUUGGAUUGUAUGAUAUUUUUAACUAUUUGAUCUUUCAUUCAUGCGAUUAUGAUAAACAAGGUUUAGCAGCUUACAAAGCCUUUGAUGAAUAUCGGUUGUUCCAAGAUGGAUAUGUUGAAUCACUUCUAAUGGAGACAAUGUCAAAAGAAGGAGUUCAUCUGUACAUGGGUAAGGUGAAACCCGCCAUGAAAGAGAAGACAGAUGAGGGAAAGUUAUUUUAUGAUUGUUGGUUUAUGCUAGAAGGCAAAGGGGCUAAUCGAGGCAGUGUGUUGAAAGCGAGAUGUCGAUGUAAAGGUGGCCGUGACGGAGGCUGCAAACACAUUGCUGCUCUCAUGUAUUCGUUGGAAGACCUAUUGAACAUGCGUGACAACGACAGUCCAACCAACGUACCAUGUAUAUGGACAAAGAAACCCACAACAGACAGCAGACCAUGUGAUGUUAAGGACCUGGAAAUUGGAAAAUGCGAGCAGCUGCUAAAAAAAACAUAA